AUGAGUGACGCAUACGAAAGAGAAAGACAAAACAACUCCCUCCUCGAAUCCUUGUCACAGAAGACCAGUGCCCUCAAGUCAGUUACAGUAAACAUAUACGACAAUGCGCGUGACCAAGAUAUGAUUGAUAAUACUAGCGAUGUCUUCUCAUCUCUAUCGACAAACAUCAGAGGCAGCGCAAGCCGGCUGACCCGCAUGGCGAGGCAAGGCGACAAGAUAGCCGUAUUGAAGCUUGCGGCGAUUCUGGUUGGAUCCGGGCUUGUGCUGUGGGUUAUUCUAGGUUGGAUAUUCUGA